AUGUUGAUGCAAUUGUUUUCAAUGAAUGAAAUGUGGAUGUUUGUCAGGGAUUUUGUCGACACCAAUGACAGUUUAGAGAGUCAAAAGACAAAAUACACCGACGUGAUUGUAAUAGCGUCAUGUAUAUUAUUGGCUUAUAUCAUAGAUAUUCUGUUGAUUUUCGUGUCGAAACUACGGAAUAGCUUUCCUGCCAAUCUUCUCCUCAUCUUAUUAGCAGUUAUUUCAUUCUCUGCUGGUACAGCAAUAAUAUUAGCUAAACUGAUAUGGCAAUUCGCUACCGUUAUACUUUCACGACAACUGUGA